CAUGGUGAACGAGAACCUGCCUCGCUGGGUGUCGGACCCGGAGGACAAGCUGGUGCACAUCAACGUGGGCGGCCUGAAGCAGAGCCUGUGCUCCAGCACGCUGCGCAAGUUCCCAGACACGCGGCUGGGCCGGCUGCUGGCCUGCCACUCCGAGGAGGACAUCCUGCAGGUGUGCGACGACUACGACGUCCAGCAGGGGGAGUUCUACUUCGACCGCAACCCGGGGCUCUUCCCCUACGUGCUGCACUUCUACCAGACGGGCAAACUGCACAUCAUGGAGGAGCUGUGCGUCUUCUCCUUCUGCCAGGAGAUCGAGUACUGGGGCAUCAACGAGUUCUUCCUGGACAGCUGCUGCAGCUACCGCUACCACGACCGCAAGCUGGAGAACCGGCACAAGAGCUGGGACGAGGACAGCGACGUGAGCAGCGUGGACACCUCGGUGGACGAGAUCUCCGACCUCAACAAGGACAUCCGGCAGUUCCAGGACAUGCGCUGCGGGGGCCUGCGGAAGUGCCUGUGGCUGACCCUGGAGAACCCGGGCUACUCCAUCCCCAGCAAGCUCUUCAGCCUGGUGUCCAUUGGCGUGGUGCUCACCUCCAUCGCCGCCAUGUGCAUCAACAGCAUCCCCGAGUACCAGAAGUUCGACGAGAACGAGAAGCUGCUGGAGGACCCCACCAUGCAGGCCCUGGAGCUCUUCUGCAUCUGCUGGUUCACCUUCGAGGUGGUCACCCGGAUGCUGCUGGCGCCCAACCGCCGCAAGUUCUUCCUGCACCCGCUGAACGUGAUCGACAUUGUGUCCGUGUUGCCCAUCUACAUCACCUUCUUCUUCGACCUGGUGGCGGGCAGCGAGUCGGAGCUGGGCAACCUGGGAAAGCUGGUGCAGGUGUUCCGCCUCAUGAGAAUCUUCCGAGUGCUGAAGCUGGCCAGGCACUCCACGGGCCUGAGGUCCCUGGGGGCCACGCUGCGGCACAGCUACCGGGAGGUGGGCAUCCUCCUGCUGUACCUGGCGGUGGGCGUGUCGGUGUUCUCGGGCAUCGCCUACACGGCCGAGUACGAGGAGGACGUGGGCCUGGACACCAUCCCGGCCUGCUGGUGGUGGGGCACGGUCAGCAUGACCACCGUGGGCUACGGCGACGUGGUGCCCGUCACCAUCGCCGGCAAGCUGGCGGCCGGCGGCUGCAUCCUGGGAGGGACGCUGGUGGUGGCCCUGCCCAUAACCAUCAUCUUCAACAAGUUCUCCCACUUCUACCGCAAGCAGAAGGCCCUGGAGGCCUCUGUGCGCAACAACAACAAGAGGAGGUGGAGGAGGCCGGCCGAGGAGCCCGGCGGCAGCCUGGACGGGGACAGCCAGUGCCUGGAGGAGCUGGAGGAGGACGAGGAGGACGAGGGAGGAGGGGUGGUCAACUACAGCUACAUGGACGUCCCGCCCUCCUGGGAGGGGGGCAGCGCCGUGGUGCGGAGGAAAGAGCCUCACCACUUCUGAGCGCUGCGUUUUCAUGGCAACGCCCAAAGACGCGCGACUACGCCGUGCUGCCCCCCAGUCACACGGCUUGUGUUUUUAAAUUGUGUCACCUGCAUUACCUGUAGCAUCAAGGGCAAGCAUGGGCUCCGCUCAUCGACUGGACUUAAUGUGCUUGUAGUGAAUUAGAAAGUGUGUCGUCAUCUCUGUCCAAUGCCGUGACUCUGGUAUGCUUUUUUUUUCCCCAUGCAUGAGAAAUUGCACCUCUUCCGUCACUGCCCUGGUGCACGUCAUGCAGCUCAUGAAAUCUUAAAAGCCACUGCUGUGUGGGGGAGUCUGGGAUGUUUUUUCCACGCCACACCAACAACACAGUACUUUUUAGCAGCUUUUUAGUGUGUCUUGUGACCUAAUGACAUCAAUUGUACAGGAGAUAAAAAAUCUAUGAUAUUGAUGAUGAUAAUGGUGACAGUAAUGAGGCUAAUUAAGUAAUUCCACAAUAACCCCAUUUAUCUAUGGAUUAAGCUGUUAUAGAACAUCCCCCACCAAUCAAAAAUCUUUAUGGGGGGGGGGGGAAAUGUACUGUAGGAGCUACUGAAUAAUGUAAAUAUUUGUAAAUAUGUAUGUGACAUAUUAUCUCUUUCCUUCUUAAAUUUUAUCAAACAAGUGGAAAUGUUUUAUCAUUGUUAUUUAGUCUAGUCUAGCAAAGAAGUAGAUUCAAACAGUGCUGCUUUCCCUGCACUGUUAGAAAGCAGGACCUGGAUUAUCUCCUGUAGAAAUGCGGUCGCUAAAUAUGGAAUGGAAGAGAUGGAAGCAUAAUUCCCCUCAAGCAUUGAUUUCACUGGACUGGGAGGUAUGACUUACUGAUGAAAUUAAACCAUAACUGCCUACAAACUUAGUUGAGUCACAGGGCUCUGAUCUUAUUAAGGCCGAUGUUCCUUGUUUGAGUGAGUUAUUAGCGUUAUCUCACAUCUGCUGAACCUGCAUUUUCAAAUGGAAAAAAAUGUUCGCCUGAAUAUUUUUUGCAUCUCCGAAGCUCCAGUUCUGUGGAGUUCUUUCCCCAAUGGCCUCCAGACCAUGGGAGGAAGAGCAGCAGUCCUGUUAAGUCCUGAACGGUGUAAUGUGGACACUUACACUAAUGCUUUCAGACUUCCCCUGAAGCAGAGCCUCUGUGAGGCUUACUGCAUGUCGGUGCACAUUAGCAGUAAUACUAGCUCCUUGGAACAUUUAAGGAUUUAUGCCUCCUACGGAAACUCAAAACCUCACAGUAGAACACUGUGAGGACUUUUAAAAGUAUCAUGCACAUGUGAGCUGGGUUGUGAUAUGUCAGUCUCCUUGUACCGGCCAAAGCCACCACUGCAUUCUCUCCACCAUUUUUUUUCCUUGGUUUGGGUGGGGGCAGGGGGUGCGGUCAUCUUAUGCAAUGGCAGUUGUCUUCUGGGAAAGUAGUCAUCUUGGUUCCACUGUAAUAUAACAAGGCUCUAACUCAAAGCGGAGAGUGAAUCUGUCAGUCCUUGCGGUUAUCUCAUUCUCCAGGUUAGUCCCAGUUAUUGUAUACCGCUUCAGUCCAAAAGACACCUUCCCCUUCUCUCCAGGGGAAGCUGUAGCUUUCAGGAAACAGGAACUCACUACUUUGCUCUGGUCUUCCGCUCAUAACUCUGAGAUAUUUAAUCACAUUUCUCCCAGUGUCCUUCACAGCCAACCCAAAGACUUACUUAAUUCUUCAUGGGGGGGAGAUGGGUCAAAAUUCCUAUCUAUUUUGUGUUUUUUUUCUUCAUAAUCAUGCUUAAUUUUGGAAAUGUCCCAAUCCCCAUAGACAAUGCUUAAUGCUGACUACAGCCUGCAGUAGAAUGGUAGCCAAAGAUGACAUGAACAUUUAAAAAGCCUAACAGAUUUAAAAAUACAACUUGAUAUACCUAUUACCUAGGUUUUGUUAGGCAUGAUUUAUGGAGGUUCUUUUUUAGUCCCCCCCCCCCCCAUUUGUACAUCUCUCCAUGAACCUGGGCUUAAACUGACUGUUGCAGUAAAUUUAAACAUACAGUAUAUUGCAAAAGUAUCAGCGUUCUUCCAAUUAUGUGCCCUUUUGUUGAGAGAUGUGAACACCUUUUAAAAGUGAAAAUGUUAUUUCACCCUGCCAAACUAAAGGUGCCAAACUUGGUGGAAGCACCUUUGGCAGCAAUUAUGGUUUGUGAUUCUUUUUUGGAUAAGCUUCUACCAAAUUUCCACUAGUAAGGUUUUUUUUUUACCGGAAUGUUUUGUCAAUUCUUCUUGGCAGUUGGCUGUGCCAAGUUGGUAAGGAAUUGUUGAUGGACAGCAAUUUUCAAGCCAUGUCACAGAUUUUCUUUCAGGGUCAAGUCAGGAUAUUGGCUGAUCUUUGGGUUAUUCUCCUGCAGGACCCAUGGUCCAAAUUUGCUUUGUCUGACCACAAAACCUUAACCUUGUUUUACCUUCUCUUCACUGCAGCACUUAAACGCCUUGAUGCAAAUUGCUCACGGGAUCUGAAAUGCUGUUUCCUGUAAUAGUUCAUGACACUGCAAUUACACAACAGCUCUGUGGUGUGACCCAGAUAUUGUUGACUCAUGAAUUACAUUAACCUGCCAUUUCAUCCAUUAAGUUCUGCAGCAACCAGUAAGUGAAAUUCCUCUUUGCUUAAAAUACACUUCAUGACUGAGGGGACACAGAGUGGUGUGUUCAUUCUGAAAUCAUGUGAAGCAUUUAUUUACAUAGACAAGCCGUUAAACUCAUUUUGACUGGUCAAGAUAAUUUUCUUUUCUCACAAGUGAACGCAUUUAAGAUGACCACUGGUAAUGAAGGGGAUGAAUACUCCAUCAAUGUUUUAUUUUCAAUUAUUUUCUUCUUGUUUUAAGUAGGUUGUGUGGACCAGAAUUAUGAAAUCCUAAGCACCAUGACAACAAAAAAAAUGUGAAAAUUGUUCAUGGGGCUGAGUGCUUUUGCAAGGUCCUGUAUUGAGAAAUAUGGCCAGUACAGUAGAGGGUACGUAGAGCAGUUUUGUGCUGCAUGGGGGGCCUUGGCACUGAGAAGCACUAAUACUCUUUGUAAUUAGUAAAGAGGCUUAACAUAUACAGACAUACUUGGGCAUGAUGUAUUUUAUCCAAUGAAAAUUCAGUUGAAAAAAACUGUUUUCAUCGCAGUGUACAGUUGUACCGGGUCUUCCUGAUUAGAUGAAACAAUUAUGAGUGUGAAUAUUUUAAUGUUAACUCAAUGUAAGGCAUUGUACAGAUUCCCAUGCUAUACUACCAAUUCAAGCACUUUCCCAAGUUCUGUUCUCCCAAACGUCUCAAAAUGCUGCAGAAUAUUAA